AUGGGCACUUCAGAGUCCAGUCCAACAAGGCAAGAGGAGGAGCAGCAAAACAAUUUACUUUAUAAAUUUAGGUUACUGAAUUGCAUCCUACAAUAUUUUCUACUUCUCAGAAGAGGCCAACAACUCAACACACACAUGAUGAGCAGCCUUAUAGUAUCAAAGCAGCGUGAGGAAGAGCUGGGGAUGGGAAAAGAACAAAAAAUGUGGGAAACGCUGAGUUUGAAGGAGCAGGAGGGCUCUCACAAGGCCUUCCAUGCCAUGCUGACCUGGCUACUGAACCGGGAUUCAUCCUCCAUCCAGGACUUCUGGAGGGUCCUCUUCAAGGAUUACAACCUGGAGAGAUACUCCAAGCUCCAGCCUAUUCAGAGCAGCUUUCCCAAAGAUGUGGAUCUCAGCAGACAGCGCCGGGGGAAGAAACCACUCCCCAGCCCCAAGACAUUGGUGCAGCACAAACAGCAGCCGAAAAGGAAAGCACCAGAGGAAAGGGACUCUCCCCAGCCAGCUCAGCCCUUGCUGAAAUGCAACUUGAAUCCUGGGACCCUGCCAAAGGCAAAAGCUGUAAAGAAACCAGAAGGUGUGGAGAUCCAACGUUUCCCUCUGGGAAAUGGCAUUCAGAGUAUGGCUGCCUCAGUCCAGAGGGCUGUUACUGUGUCAUCCAGUGAACUACCAGUGAGCUGCGGGGCUGUAGAAGGAAUUCUCAUCAAACAGGUGUUUGAGUCAGGGGGCUCCAAGAAAUGUGUCAAAGUUGGAGGCGAGUUUUAUGCACCAAGCAAGUUUGAGGAACCUGGGGGAAAGAACAAAAGCCGAAGCCUGAAGCCCAGUGUGCGAGUCAAGGGAUUUCAAGGGCCCCAAUAUAAUGGGGAGCUGAAAAUAAACUCACAGAGCAGCCUCCAUGUCACCCCUGUUCACACCGUGGAUCAACCCCUCCACCAGAAGAACGAUGAUGAAUGUGCAGUGUGCAGGGAUGGUGGGGAGCUGAUCUGCUGUGACGGCUGCCCCAAAGCUUUCCAUCUGGCCUGCCUUGUGCCCCCACUGACAGAAAUUCCAAGCGGGACAUGGAGGUGCAUCUCUUGCUCAGCUGGGAAAGUGAAGCAGGACCAGCGCAUAGAAGAGGAGAGGGCCAGAGAGCCACCAUCCGAGACACAGAAGGGUCUGUAUGGACACAGGGGAGCUGGAGACAGAGAGAGGAUUCUUAUCAAAGAACCCACGCCAGGCUCCGAUGCCUCAUUCACCUUCAAACAACCUCUGCCCCCUGCGCCUUCCCACUCACCAAUGCCAGUGGUAAUGCCAGCCUCAACCCUCCAGCUGCUGUCAAGUCUGGGCCUGGAGAGACAGCUAAAACUGACAGUUGGUGAGAGAUGUGGAGUCUGCAGGGGAGGAGGAGACAUGACCUACUGUGCCCAGUGCUUCAAGGCCUUCCACGCCCAUUGCCACUUCCCUGCCCAAGUAGAGCGGCUCAGUGAAACCUUGCUAUGCAAGUCCUGCUCUGGAACCAGUGGCCUGGAAGGAACAGUGACCUCAAAUAACCCUGCACUAAGAGCAGUGAAGGUCAUGGAAGAAUCUGCUGGGAAUGACCCGAUCCUGAAUAAAGAGGAGUUGGACUCUCUCCUGGGUGAGAGCUCCUUUGAUGGGAUCCUGCAGUGGGCAUUCCAGAACAUGUCUCGUCCACUCUCAGAUACUCACGGAUUUUUCUCUUAGCUCCUGUUGUAAUUGUGGACAUGUCAUACCAACUUGCUGCCCUCCAUCAGGGCCAC